AUCUUUAUCACCAUUUGUAGAGAGAGAAACAAAAAAAAUAGAGAGAGAGAGAGAGUUCUAGAGAGAGAGAGAAGGUAGGAAAAUGGCGCGUGGGAAGAUACAGAUAAAGAGAAUAGAGAACCAAACAAACAGGCAGGUGACGUAUUCAAAGAGAAGAAAUGGUCUGUUCAAGAAAGCCCAUGAGCUUACUGUUCUUUGUGAUGCCAAGGUUUCCAUUCUCAUGAUUUCCAGUACUCAGAAACUCCAUGAAUACAUCAGCCCCUCCAUCACGACAAAACAGAUGUUUGAUCAAUAUCAGAAGGCUGUUGGAGUUGAUGUUUGGAAUACCCACUACGAGAGGAUGCAAGAACACUUGAAGAAACUCAAGGAUGUUAACAGGAAUCUGAGGACUGAAAUUAGGCAAAGGAUUGGAGAAAGCUUGAACGAUCUGGGCUACGAACAAAUGGUUAAUCUUAUCGAAGAGAUCGAUAACUCUCUCACCAUCAUUCGCGAAAAAAAGUACAAAGCUAUCAGCAGCCAGAUCGAUACCAGCAAAAAGAAGUUAAGGAAUGUUGAAGAAAUAAACAGGAACCUAGUGCUUGAAUUUGAUGCAAGACAAGAAGACCCACACUAUGGAUUAGUUGAAAAUGAAGGUGAUUAUAAUUCUCUUCUCGGAUUUCCAAACGGAGGUCCGAGAAUUAUCGCCCUCCGCCUCCCCCAUAACCACCACCCGCACCACCAUCACCACCACCACCACCCCGGCCUUCAUAGUGGCGGCGGAGGCUCCGAUCUGACCACAUUUGCUCUGCUUGAGUGAAUAUUAUGUCUCCUAAUUAAUUUGUCUGAUUGACUAGUCAACUAUGAACAAAUUAGGUCUUUUGAGUUUUUUUUUAUGUAAGGUCUUUUGAGUUAUUACUAUAUGUUGUAUGAAAACAAAAAACUACUAUGUUUGCUAGUGUUAUUUUCUGUUUUUUUUUUAGGUAUGUAUGAUAUGGAUAGCUAGUUAUGAAUCUAUCUAUUAAUUAAUUAUUAUCUGCGGAAAUAUUAGUAAUGUUUG